AGCGUGUCGUAUAUCAUAAAGUAUAUGUUUGGCUAACAGACACCUAAUAUGAAUUAAUGUUAUUGUUGUUUGUAAAGAUUACACAAUAAUUAUGCAGAUGUCGCGUCGCAGUAAGUGACGUAACCAUCAGUUAAGGUGGAGGGUGUAUGUGGAACACGCUGGUUUUGUAGAAGUUCCUAAAACGUUAUUCCGACUGAAUAUAUAUAUAUAUAUAUUAGUUUGUUCACAGCUUAAUAAACUUCUGAAGAAGGUAGAGAUCUUUGUUCUUGAGGAGAUAGGAAAUUUUUAUUAACGUAGAAGUCUGCAUAACCCAAGUUUAAGAAGUGAAUGAUAAAGACGCCAAAUGUGGACAGUUCAACUUCAAGGUCAAUUCCAUGUGUGAAGCAGUCGACAUUGUAGGUUGGUGUCGCGUAUACAAGAAACUCGAAUACCCGUUUUUGAGGGGUCAUUGUUACCACAGCCUUAGCUUCUAGUUGGAGUAUCACGAUGAUUGGAAUUGACCGUUUUAUAUUCAUAGUUUAUGGCCUUUAUUAUAAUAUUUGGAUGACGACAAAACGGGCCAAGAUUAUGAUUGGAGUAGUGUGGAUACAGUGUUUUUUGAUUGGAUUUUCUCCGGCUAUGGGUUGGUCAUAUCCAAUUGAUGGGUCAAAGUGUUGGUAUAUUUUAGUGGUGAAACCAGCAAAUCUUAUUUUUACAGUUAUCAUUGGAAUAUUUCUGCCUCUUGGAUUCAUUGCUGUAUUGUAUAUUUUCAUACUGUUUAAAGCUCUCCACCAGACGGAUGUAAGAAAAAGUGUAACGGUGGAGAUUCCGCGAGAGAACAUUGAGAUCUCGGAGAUUCGUGGCCAGCAAAAUUUAAGCGCUAUCACAUCUGAAAAUAAUAUUCGAAGGCAGAAGUUGGCCAUUGGAAACCAGAAUUCUACCAGGAAGACACAGAAGAAGUGGAAGGCUCUGAAAGUGGUACUAUUCACGCUUAUUUCCUUCGUUGUGUCGUGGUUUCCUUACUUUAUCGCUUCAUUCAUAUAUGUAUUAAACCCUAGUGUCAAGUUAGCAGUGACCAUAGCCAGCGUCCUGGCAGUCCUUGGGUUCCUUAACUCCUUUCUGAACCCUCUUAUCUAUGCCUGGUGGCAUCGAGGGCUUCGGAAGUUCAUAAAGGAAGACUGUUUGCGCCAGAAGAGAAAGAGAAAUUUCCAACGUUCAGGAACUCCUGGAAGCAAAACUAGUUCGACCAGCACUUCCACAUCCAAAAUCAGCAAUGACAGUAUAAAAUCUACCGAAAAUGAGGCCCAUAGUCGUGAUUCCUCAGAAUUAUAAAACUGUACCAACGUGAAAUCGCCAGGAUCGUUUUAUGACAUUGUAUAGAAAUAAUACAUUGAAACAGUAUUUUCAUUAUCUUUUGAAGUAUAACAUGAUAACAGCAUAAAUAUAGGAAAACACGGUGUUUUUACGAGAAAAAAACAAAACAUUUUCGUGCUUAGUCAGUUUCACACUUUGACCUUCUUGAUAUUUCUUACCAAUAAAAAAAAAAUAUCCUGUGUUUUCUUAAGGAUUUAAAAUCUGGAUGCUUGUGAUCUCUUCAAAUACCUAACAUAUUAUCUAAACUUAGCGUUAUCUAUUCUGAAUUAUAUUAAUAAAUGUAGUUCGUGUCACAUUUAUUCUAAGGAAUUGUGAAAGUCUCGGAAGUGAGCCGUAGUUACAGAUUAAUUUUUAUAUUCCUGCAAUGUUUACUGUUCAUUUAUAAAAAAGUGCUUUUAGCAAGAUAUUUUGAAGAUUCCGUCUGUGUCACUAAACGUAGUUUGUGAGUGAAAGAUAAAUUAAAAUAGCCAUAUACUUAUCCUGAAAGUGAGAAAUGCCACACCGCAAAAUGAAAAAGAGUGGUAGUAGUUAAGCCACUUGCACUAACGAUUUUGUAGAUGGCGCCAGUAGGUUCGAGAAGAACAAACUGAGAAUAUUAGUGGAAAUGUACACACACAUUGUGAUACAAACAGUUCAGUUAAAUUAUGCCAAAGAAGAGCAAACAUUAUGCUUGGUGUAACAUCUAUAAAACUGUACUACCGGACAUAGGUUGUCAACAAACUAAACUUCAAAUUGAUAAAACAUCAAAGAAUACUUAAUCGAAAAAAGGAAACUCAAAACUAUUAAGUGUAUCUGCGAGUAUUAUAGCUUCUAGGGUAAUCUCGAUGCUUCGAAACUUAACUUGUUUGUUCUUGUUUUGAAUUCAUAGUUUCAUUUUUACAACGUAAUUGCGUGAUAAAGAUAAACGUUAACUAAAUCUAACAAUAACUAUGUCGAAGUUCAUUUUUACUGAAUAAAUAUUGAUGUUUAUUGCGAAA